CCUGGUCCGGCUGAAUUCCCCUCUGCGCAUCCCGGGCUUUCGGUCCCCGCUUUCCACAAGGCCCACGUCCAGGCGAUCCCCGGCCCCCUCGUGAUGGCGUCGCUCCUGUGCUGUGGACCCAAGCUGGCCGCGUGUGGCAUCGUCCUCAGUGCCUGGGGAGUGAUCAUGUUGAUAAUGCUCGGGAUCUUUUUCAAUGUCCAUUCCGCGGUCCUGAUUGAGGAUGUCCCCUUCUCGGAGGAAGAUUUUGAGAACGGCCCCCAGAAAAUAUACCACCUCUAUGAGCAAGUGAGCUACAACUGUUUCAUCGCCGCGGGCCUGUACCUCCUCCUAGGAGGGUUCUCUUUCUGCCAAGUCCGGCUCAAUAAGCGCAAGGAAUACAUGGUGCGCUAGAACGACAUACUCGCUGUCUCCGCUCCACUCCUAGAAGACCGCCUCCCCGGAGACCCACCCAUCGGGCACCCUCUGCAGGACUGGGUUUCCCUGGCGACGGACGGACUCCCUAGUUCUCCCCGGUGCCCGGCGCUCUCGCCUCGUCCUGUACCACAAUAAAGAGAAACUGCUCUCUUAA